UACAGUUUGUGAGUCUGAAAGAAAACAGAGCCUACAAAACUGUUAUAACCUUCAGAUUGAGACAAUCUUCAGGCUGAGUCAUGUGAAUUCUGUGGUAUUCCAGUUACAGCUGUCCUGCAGGAUGACUGCUGAUCUAUCUGAAAGCAUCAAACCAUAUGGGACACAGAAGUGUUUUCUACGUUCUGUCCCAGGAAUAUGAUUCCUGCCCUGUAGCUUUAUGAAGGAUUGAAACUGAGCAUCAUUAGUGGAACUCAGCUCCUGCCUGACUGGACAUCACAGCAGAGACUUUGGAAAUCUUUUUCAGUUAAAACAAUAAUGACUUUUUGGGAAUGUAAUCUCAGCAAAGCAUGCUUUUGCUGUAGCCUGAAAGAAUACCUAGCUACCAUCAGCAGUUCUGCAGAGGCCUUCUAAAAACCACUUUACCUGAACAACUGAGUGACUCUGGGUUGGUUGAGGUUAACCUUAGCAAUUGUAUAUAUCAAUUCACUUUCUGGAAAAUUCAAUCACUGCUACUCAGAGCUGCUGCUGAAAUAUCAUGUCCAAGACCUCAGAGUUCAUCAAUCUCUCAUUUUUAUUAGAUCAUGAAAAGGAAAUGAUCCUUGGAGUCUUGAAGAGAGAUGAAUAUCUGAAAAAAGUGGAGGAAAAGAGAAUAAGAAAGUUGAAAAAUGAACUCUUAGAAGCAAAACGUAAAAGUGGGAAGACCCAACAGGAGACCAGCAGAGUCUGUGUUCACUGUCAGAGAAACCUGGGCCUAAUCUUUGACCGAGGAGACCCAUGCCAGACCUGCUCUCUGAGGGUGUGCACUGACUGUCGGGUCGUGGGCCUCGAUGGCAGCUGGAAGUGUACUGUGUGUGCCAAAAUCGCGCAGCUAAGGAUUAUAACUGGAGAAUGGUUUUAUGAAGAAAAGGCAAAGCGUUUCAAGCAAGUCAAUGUUCUGGGCACUGAUGUUGUCCGACAGUCAAUCUUAAGAAGAAGUCCAGGAUCCGAAGAGGUACAAAGCCAAGAGCAAACCUGCCAGGAUGCAGAAAAAUCAGACACUUCACCUUCUGUUGGGCAGAAGGCCAGCCAUGGUGGUCCCAAGAGAAAAGGAUUUCUUCUUAGUAAGUUCAGAUCAGCAACCAGAGGAGAAAUUACAACUCCCAAAACUGAAAGUGGGCGGAGCUACAGCUUGGAUUUAGACAGUCAAAAUUUUCGGAGUUUGAAGUCAACUGCUGGUUCAGAAAGGGGCAGUACCUCCUCAGAUCUCAUUGACCAGGAGACUGGACCUGGGACUCCAAAGAGCAGCUGGAGCAAUGUUGUGACACCAGUCACUCAGAGGUCACCAGCUCCAAGCACACGCAGCAUUACCUCAGUCAGCAGUAGAGAGCAUGGUUUUGAAAACUCCAUGGGUUUGUCUGCCACUAAAUGCACCUCUGAGGAAUUCGCAAAGACUCAUCGCAGAAAUAUGUCCAGCACACCUUCCAUAGCAGUGUCUGGGACCUCCCUCUCCUCAGACCGGAGUCGAUCUGAGUUAGAUUUGAGUGAGUCAUUUACAGAAGACUUGGAGGAUAAUGUGAGCAUAAGAAGCAGGUCUGUCCCUGGGGCUUUAGACAAAGACUUGAAUUCCUUGGAAGAGACUGAAGGUGAUGAGGAUUUAGUGUCUUCUCAGUUUUCUGCAAACACCUGCAGUCUGGCAAGUGGCCUGUCAACUAAUUCUCAAGCAGGCUCUGACAGGAAGUGGACCUACCUAAGUGUGCCUGAUGCUGAUUCAGACACUACCAGCCUUAACAGUAUGAUGAGUGUUUACAGUGAAACAGGCGACUACGGCAGUGUGAAGGUCAGCGGUGAAAUCCAGCUCCACAUCAGCUACUGCUACAAAACUGGCGGGCUCAACAUUUUUGUCAAGAAUUGCCGAAAUCUGGCCAUAGGUGAUGAAAAGAAACAAAGGACAGAUGCUUACGUCAAGUCAUACCUUCUUCCUGACAAGUCCCGAAACAAUAAACGCAAGACCAAAAUCAGAACAGGAACCAACCCAGAAUUUAAUGAAACACUAAAGUAUACCAUCAGCCAUACUCAGCUGGAAACAAGGACUCUUCAGCUCUCAGUCUGGCACUAUGAUCGGUUUGGACGUAACAGCUUCCUCGGCGAGGUGGAGAUUCCUUUUGACUCAUGGAACUUUGAAAAUCCAUGUGAUGAAUGGUUUGUGCUUCAGCCCAAGGUGGAAUUUGCUCCGGAUAUUGGCCUUCAGUACAAAGGAGAGCUGACUGUUAUUUUACGAUACAUUCCCCCAGGGGAAAGCGUCAUGCUUCCACUAGGACAACUUCAAGGAAAGAAAGCCUCCAAAAAGGGAAAGAAAAAAGAGUCAUCUGUAAUCUCUGGAGGAAUACUAGAAGUGUUCAUCAAAGAAGCAAAGAAUUUGACAGCAGUGAAAUCAGGAGGCACUUCUGACAGUUUUGUGAAGGGCUAUCUGCUCCCUGAUGAUAGCAAAGCCACCAAGCACAAAACGGCAGUCAUAAAAAAGUGUGUGAAUCCUCAGUGGAAUCAUACUUUCGAGUUCAGUGGCCUGUAUCCCCAAGAUAUAAACAAUGUUUGUCUAGAGCUUACCAUCUGGGACAAGGAGGCCUUUUCCAGCAAUAUCUUUCUAGGAGGAGUUCGUUUGAAUUGUGGAAGUGGUGUGAGUCAUGGGAAAAACGUGAACUGGAUGGACGCUCAGGGGGAAGAGCAGAGCCUGUGGCAGAAGAUGGCCGAAAACCCUGGAUCGCCCGUAGAGGGAGUACUUAUGCUCCGUUCCAGCAUGGGGAAGUGUACUCUCUGAAGAGACAAGUUCUUCAAGAAUGAGACUCUAGGAACUGUCUGGUUGCCAUUCCUGACAAAUAGCAGGCAGGGACUUUGGAUUCUGCUUCCCUGCCAGUUUUCACCCGAGGAGACUGGGACAUCAGGGGCAAGAAAGGGGAUAGUGGUGUGAACAUUUAGGGUCAUCAUGCUGGGUUCCUGAAAACAUCAAGUACUUUUACUUUUUGAGUGUGAUAAUGCACAGCUAUAAUGCCAGGACUCUGGGAGGCUGAGGCAAGAAGACUGAGUUUGAGUCCAGCCGGAGCUAUUUAGUGUCUUAACGAGACCCUGUCUCAAAAUAAAAAGAUAAAAAGGACUAGAUAUGCAGAUCUGUGCAUGGGUCCUGAGUUCAGUCCCCCAUAUCCUCCAACCAAACAAAAAAGUACCUCUCUGUGUCUAUGGACAAUAGAAAGUGGCUCACAAUGUCCUGUCAACAAAAUUGGGCAACAAUUCAUAGCGUUUAUAUAAUCUCAGAAAUAGCUCAAGCUUAUUCGAAGCUAUGGUUGAGAUUUAGGAGUGCCCAACUUUUAUUUAAUUAUAAGUUCAUUGAUGUUUCUUCAAGCGGUGAGAGGAAGAAGGAGACCACCAAGAAAGUAGAAAUUCCUGUGGUCCAAAGGCAUGAUAAGGAUGGUUGAUGGAGUGACAGGCUGGUCCUGUCGCAAACUUGGGGAUUGACCAGAUAAUGCUCUAAGAUAGACUGACAGUGCUUCUUAUUAGUUCCAUGUAAUUUAUUAUCUAAAUCAGCCUACUUUUGAGAGUGAAAGGAGCUAAAAAAUUACUUCUGAACAGUGAUAUAAACUAGCAGUGAUCUAAGAAAAUUGGGAUAUAGGGUCAUCCUACUGAGAGAACUCCGUUGUAAACAUUUAUUUUAUAAAAUAUUCUAAGUCAUUAACUAUAAAAUGAUAAAAAAAUUAUGGUCAACAUAUUGUUCA